GUGGACAUACGUCAACUGUCUCCUGCCCAAUUUGGACAGGCGCAUGGAUUGACAUCCUAGCCAGCAAAAUUUUCAGUGCUAUGGACACAAGCUGCGGAUCCAACCUUCCAGAGGCCGCCAGAGGACAAUCCAGAAUGACCAAAGCGUCCCGAUCCAUGAAUCACGGUCCUUGGCAGGGGCACGCAAACGAGCAGCGAUUCCUGGAAGCGCUGGCCGACUUCAUGGAACAGUCCUGGACAAUUGUGUGCCAAGUGCGAGAAAAAGCCGGACUGAGUGCUAGCUAUGAGAUGAGCUCGACGGAAAUCGCCCGGCGGAUUGAGGAGGUUUCCAGGAAGCUGGACGGCAAGUACCGAGAGGUGCAGGCACUGGAGGCUCAAAAAGCGCAGCUCUUGCAUAAGGCGCCUCCUAAAAGCUCCACCCAAGCGGGCCAAAGAAACCCUGCCUCUGUCCAGAGCCAAUAUCGAGGACCUAGAAAUUUAGCAGGAAGCAGUGGAGAGUACUGGUCCUCCCCAUCGGCAGCCUCUUCCCGAAGGAGAACUCAAUUUAGUGCUGGCGCGUCUCUAUGUCCUCCUGAAUGUCCCGAUUACUCACAUUUUUAAAUGGUUCCAGCGGAGGCUUUGGAUCUGGGGAUCUUGGGUUUUUGAUAAAUGCAGUGUUUUUGAUACGCGGCCGUUAAUAAAUCUGUUCCCAAAUGAA